CGGGGGCGGGGCGGACGGGGCUCUCCCGGCGGCCGGCGGGGCACGCUAGUGUUGGGGUCCCCCCGCCGUGAGGAUCGAGCUCGUGCGGGUCGGUCAGUCGUCGGGGCCUGCGCGGGGCCCGGGCCCAUGGCGGCGUCGGCGGCUCUGUCUGCGGCAGCGGCGGCGGCGGCCCUGUCUGGCCUUGCGGUGCGUCUGUCGCGCUCAGCGGCCGCCCGAGGCUCGUACAGCGCCUUCUGCAAGGGGCUUACGCGCACGCUGCUCACCUUCUUCGACCUGGCCUGGCGGCUGCGCAUGAACUUCCCCUACUUCUACAUCGUGGCCUCAGUGAUGCUCAACGUCCGCCUGCAAGUGCGGAUCGAGUGAGCACCGGCGGCGGUGGCGGAGGCCCGGCUGGAGGGGCGCCCGUGUCCCCGCCCGCCCCCGGCCGCCGGGUCGCCGGCAUGAAGGACAGCUGGAUCGCGGCGGGGGACGGAGGCGGGGCGGCCCAGGCCCCUGGACUCUAGACCUCCGCCGCCCAAGCACGAAGGCCCAGCCCUGGCCCGGCCGCGGUCUCAGCCCGGAGACCCCGGAUCGCGCAGAAACGCACUGAACAGGCCCCUACCAUCGGGCUCCAGAAACUACCUGGGCUCGGCCUACCUGUUGCCUCACAUUGGCCAAAGAGGGGGAAACCAGAAGGAGGGAAUUCUGCUGCGGCGACUUGACUUUCCAGGCCCCGAGCAGAAAGGCUUUGGCGUUUGUUGGCAGUGACCUGCCCCUUCUUUGGCCUUGCCAAGAGUCUCAUCCCUGCCCUGGGGCACCUCUGGCCCUGGACCUGCUUGGGCAGAGGCAGCGUGAAGGACCUGAACAACAGAAGAAGGGCCUUCCUAGUAGAGGCACAGCAUGGACAAAGGCUCACGGGGUGGGGGUGCCCAGGGAUCGAGUCCUGGCUUGGGAAGGAAGGUCUGAGUUCCCUGGGAACUGAAAUCUGCUAGCAGCACUGUGAGAGGUGUAUUUCCCCCUUCUAAUGACAGAGGAAACUGAGGCUUCGGGGAGGUGGGGGGUUGCCCUUGACACACAGAUAGGAGGAGGAGGAACUGUGUGUGCCCCUGGGCCUGCAGGCCCCCACACCCCUCCCCAGUCUUCUCCAAGACCUGGCAUGGUGGGAGGAGGGAAGGGGAAGUGGAGAGGGAAGCAUAGGGCUCCUGGGGCACCAAGGGAGAGAGGGGUCCAGGGGUAGGGAAUCUGGGGAUCUCACUUUCCUUAGAGCAGUACGGAAGGUCACAGGGAAGAUCAGGAGGACAGACAGCUGAGAUGGGAGACAGAAGAGAUGGGCCCCAGGACCCCUGGGGAGCCAAGCUCUCCCCCACAGCCUAACCUCCCCACCCCACCUGGAGCUUCACCAAGGGCUCCUCAGCAGUGCAGUGGCACAAGCCUCCCAGUUUGGUGGGCAACUGGGGGUGAUCUUGGUGUUGUGGCUCCUGGAGACACGACAUAACCAGGAAGGUAAAGGGAUAAACCUGGGGUGUGCUGGGGCUGAGACCCAUGGCAUGACCCCAAUUCUCUCUCCUCAAGUUCGACCCCCCAUCCCCAGGACCACACAGGAGAAUCUCAUCUCACGGCUUGGAUUGGUCCUGGGGGCCCCCGGGUGUGCUGCUAACCAGUGUACAAUGGUCAGGAGCAGCCCAGAGGGGAGCCAGGAAGAGACUCUCACCCUCACCCUCCAUCCCCAUUUCCCCAUCUCUUGCACUGGUACCCCGAGGGCCACGUUCUCAGUUCCUGGGACUGAAAACUGCAGCAGUCUGGCCAGCUCCAGGGACAGAGUGGCCCAGCCACCUACCAUGUACCCUCCUCAGCUGCCCACUGGACCCAGGUCCUGAAUGAAACUGUCCUCCUGCCUCACCCCAGAAGAGGCUGGACAGUGGCUGCCUUGUGCCCCCUGCAGUCUCCCACAGCCAGGGCCUGAUGACGUGCCUCCUAGUCCCAAGUUUCCUGAGAACCCCUGACCCUGCUGGCCUUUCAUCCCCUGCAACCCUGUCCACCCUGGACCACCUCUGGGGACCCGUCAGCCUGCUGGUCCUCCCAACAGAUCUCUGGGGGCAACCUCUGUGGGUCAAGAGUGACACAGGGUUGGAGGAGAAGAGGAGUGAGGAGCCUCCUUGUGUCUGAUGCACAGAUGUGGCCCUUUCAAGCCCUGGUGUCACCCUCUGGGUGACUGGAUCCCCAGCUCCACCCUCUUCCUGGGCCAGCCAGGAUGGAUGGAGGAAAGCUCUUUGCUGAUUGCAUGUGUGGGAGUGUGGGGGGUGCCUGAGCCCUCCCCAUGCAAGGGGCUCGGCCUGGGACCCUGGAACCUGCUUCCCUACUGGGAGAAAUGUGCAUCAGAGCUGCAGGGGUCCCUACCCUCAGAGACCCCCGACUGCAGGGAGCCCCACCCCAUAAGAGGGGCAUGGAAAUCCAUGUCCUCCCGCCCCCCCCGCCCCACCCCCCCGUGGCUUCUGCUGUAGCUGUAUUGGCCUAGAGGGGCUGGCUGGGGAGGAGCAGGGCUGAGCCCCUCAGCAUCUGCUCCUGUCCCUGCCUUUUCACGCCUGCUGCUUGAAGUGGUAGCUCCACCUGCUGCUUCUCCACCUCCCCUCCCCCCACCUCUUCUCUCCCCGAUGGGGCCCUUGCUGCGUGAUGGGGCCUCCAUGCACUUUAUUUAUUUGCAGUCUGCCAGGUGGUGGAGCUUCUAGACACCGACCGGAAUGACAUACUUUUCUGUGCGUGAUUCACUGUGUACUGGUCAGCACAGGCUGGCCAGAGACAUGUUCUUGUUUCUGGUGUUGUCAUGUCUUCUUGUUUUCUCUAAGUUAAAAAAAAAAAAAAAAAAAAAGUCCUUGGUUUAAUACACUAAAAUCCCAA